AUGUCCCCGGAGGUUAGUUGUUGUGGCGAGUUGGAAAAAGUCAUCGCACCGAAGGGCGCAGUCCAAGCCACGCACGAUACGGAAAGUUUGUAUCAAGCCUCCGCUCAACUGCCUAUAACUCAGAGGAUAUAGAUCAAGGCUAGUUAAGCGGAUCUCGUAUGGCAGUGCACCCUGACCUCUUAUUAAUUUUGUUGCUCACCUCUGCACUCUUUCAAGCAGAUUGUAAUCCUGAUGGGUCCAUGGUCUCCAGGUCGGGAUGCGGCCUUACAAACGUGCCGAAGACUUUGGGGACGCAGUCUUCAUCGAAAACUGCGAAUGUCCGCUUGAUGGCAUAUAGCAUUGAAGUUGCGGCCUUGGCCGCCUUACAGCCUUGUGUAGAAGGCUUUAGGCUGUCUGCAGCUCAGACCCCGAGAUCUUUCUGCGUUUCUGCAUCUCGAAGUGGUAUUCCGUUCAGAUGGUAUUGCCGCGUAUUAGGGGUCUGAUUUUCGAGGCGCAGUAUGGUACAUUUGUUCAAAUUGAAGGAUAAGAACCAUCUGCGGGACCACUCGUCCAAUCGACAAAGAUUUUCUUGGAAGUUCAUUUCAUCGGCAGUAUUCUGGAUGACUUUCCAGAUUUUUAUGUCAUCUGCAAACAUGACACAAUCACAAUCCAACCCAUCUACACAAUCAUUGAUGAACAAGAGAAAGAGGGUUGGUCCAAGCCUUGUGGGACUCCACUCUCUAUGAAUGUGCGCCUUGAUUGCUGUCUUUCUACGCAGACAAUUUGGGAGCGGCCGACGAGUAAGUUCUCGAUCCGUUUUAGAAGUUUGCCGCCGAUGCCCAUUAUUCUCAACUUGUGCAGGAGACGCUGGUGCGGAACACUGUCGAACGCCUUCCGGAAAUCAGUAUAGGCCACGUGCACAGUGUGUUUUGCAUCCAGUGCUCUUGUCCAACUUUGCAUUGUAUAUAGUAAGUUCGUUACACAUGAUCUUCCCCUAGGGAAACCAUGUUGUGCAUCGGACAAGAGGUCGUGGCCUUCCAGAUAAGCCAUCAACUCCUUUUUGUGGUUUUCUCCAUCACUUUGCAGCAGAUUGAUGUCAGACUGACGGGUCUGUAGUUUGUCGCCAGGGCACGACUACCGCUUUUGUAAAGGGGUGUAAUGUGGGCCGUCUUCCAGUCUGUGGGGAGGAUUCCAGCGUCAAACGAUUCCUGGAACAGAAAGGAUAGUGGCUUGGCCAGCUGUCGGGCAAGCUCGAAAAGCAGCUUUGUUGGGAUCUCGUCCGGACGAGGAGAUUUACAUUCCUUCAAGCUUUUUAUUUCUUCCAAAAUCGUUGCCUCUCGAAACACGAUAACUUCGAUAGUGGGAUCUCCCAUGUUCUCGGAUCUAGUUGCUCUUCUCUCUCUUAAAACACUUCUCUAAAGGCAGGACUAAGUUAAUCUACCUGAGGACAUAACUGUUGCAGAAGCCUAGGCAGAGAGUCAGACCCUGGCUGCCAAGACCUUCAGGGUCGAUCCCGAAUGGAAAGAGAAGAUGGAAGCCACUUGGAAGGAUUGUUUAUGCUGUACAGAAUAAUUGGAAAAGGGGUUGGGGAGAGUUAGCAGCCGGACGAGAGCACGUCCGAUGCCGGGAGGACGACGUCCCAAGUGUCCGUCAGGGAAUGCGUCAAACCGUCUUAAGCCAGGUCACGUCUAACUUGGCCUUGAAUCUGAUUGGCCAGUUGGAAAGCCGAAUGGGCUUGUGGCGGCACCGCAGAGAGAAUAAGUGUUCUGAGCGCUACAAUUAUCAAGUCAAAUCCCAGAUUGGAAGGAGAAGACAGAAAGCACCAGAACGAGGGGUUUAUUGUGCACAGAACCCGGCGUUGUCCUCUCAGGCGGCAGUGGCCAUUGGCGAAGCCAGGGCUGAUGUUGACUGCGUCCAGUCAUGCCUGAGAGUCCCUGAGACAGUGUUGGCAGCCGCUUUUGUAGGCUCGUGGGCCAAGCUCAAGUGAUGUCCAGUCAGUGUGUGUUGCAUUUGCCGAGGGGUGGAUGUCCCAGUGGCUUAGGUUGUGGUUGCAGGGGGUAGUUGCGUUCAAGUGGCCGCAUGGGCAGCUGCGACUGCGCGGACGCAGGUAUGCCCGAGCUGUUGGUCGUGUGACUUACGGUCAGCUCGUAUGGGACGGCUCGCUGCAAGGGGUAAUUGACCUUGAGGCAGCGAGGUCUCGAACAAUGACACCAGACCAGUCAUGAUGGCUUCCCACUACAGGCUAACACCAGACAACCCUGGUGUGCACGUUCAGACACUCAAGAGAGGCCCGGCGUUGCGACAGGCGCUCGGAGUAGGGCUACUAGAAGACUAGGAGCAGCAGGUGAGUAGGUAGUUCUCCCCUUCCACGCUUGUCCCCCUCAGGUACCGUUCAGCCCCCUUGGCACAGAAGGUAGAUCCUGUUUUAUGUAAUUCUGAUGCCAGAGUGGGGCAUGGCACGUGUUACCUAGGCGUCGCGGAUCUCGUGCCUCCCAUGCAAUACCAUAUAUGCGGGGACGUGGUGGAACAUCUAGACGCAGGCCCACGCCGCUCGAACUACCUGCGCCCCAUCGCAACAUCAGGUGGCUGAUCGACUCAGACAGCGGACUGGUGCGUGGAAAAGGAACCGGGGGAACGGAAGUGCGCUCACAACUAUCAUUACAUGCCGUUUACCGAAGCCGUCCACCCUGCAUGCCCAGUCUGCACAUUCAGUCCGUUCAAACACAGGCGUUGCCUGCUGGUAUCACACCACUUUUGGUAUUAAAGUCCGUCGCUGCAUUUAUCCCAGCUCCUUCGCCUCCAAGCAGAGCAAGCGGGUAAGACGGGUCAGCCCCAGAGGCCAGUGCAGCCAAUCUUACCGACAGCUCUAUCCCUGGUAGCACAGUUUACGUCCGCGACAGCCAGAGUGACAGCCGUUUUUUUGGUUGACACUGGUGUCCAGCUACGUGUCAUUCCACCCGCACCAGCUGCUUGUCGGUGCCCCAAUCCCGGCCUUUUCCAACAGGUCGUCAACACGUCGGCCAUUGCCACUUUCGGCACCUGCUCCCGCUCUGUGGACAUCGGUCUCCGGCGUCUCUUCCCCUGGGUCUUCGUCGUCGCUGGCAUCGCCUGUGCCAUUCUUGGCGCAGACUUCCUCGCCGCGUUCGAUCUUUUGGUCGACUGCCGUCAGUCCCGUUUACACGACAAGACCACAAACCUCACCAUUCUGGGUAUUUCUUCCUCCGACGCUUCCCAUCAACUCGCCGUCUUAGACCCCGAACCCGAGAACCCAUUUCGACAAUUCCUCACCAAAUACUCUGACCUUACUCGUCCCAACUUCAGCACUUCCAUUCCACCACACGACGUUGUUCACCACAUCCGGACCGUUGGUCCUCCCGUGUUUUCUCGGCCCCGCUUCUCGUCACUGCAUGUCCCGUCGAGUUCGAGCACAUGCUUCAGAUGGACAUCAUUCGUCAGUCUGAAAGUCAAUGGACCUCGCCCCUCCACAUGGUCCUAAAGGCCGCCGCCACUGGUGACUAACGUCCCUGCGGUGAUUACAGUUCCCGGAAAAACGUUACUGUCCCAGACCGCCAUCCCGUUCCGAAUCUUCAAGAUUUUGACGGUGUCCUAUUCGGCAAGUCCGCAUUCUCUAAGAUCGGUCGGGUCCGUGCUUUCCACCAAAUUCCCACCGCCCUGAAGGACAUUUAGAAGACGGCCGUCACCACAUCCUUUGGCCCCUUUGAGUUCCUGCGCAUGCCGUUUGGACUCCGCAACGCCUCCCAGACCUUUUAAAGGUCCGGAGACAGUGCUUCGCGGCCUACCAUUUGUCUACGCCUAUAUCAACGACCUUCUGGUAACCCACUUCACCGCCAAAGAACACAUGGAGCAUCUGGCAACGGUGUUUGGCCGCCUACAACGAUUUAGCGUUGUUCUCAACCUGUCCAAGUGCGUCUUUAGUGUUUCCUCUCUAGAAUUUCUCGGUUAUCUGGUUGACUCCAAAGGCAUCCAUCCUCUUCCCUCGAAUGUUGCGGCCAUCCGUGAUUUCCCUCCUCCCUCUUCCAGACGUCAACUGCAGCGAUUGCUGGAUAUGGUGAAUUUUUAUCGCCUGUACCUUCCGCACUGUGCCUACACCAUCCUGCCGCCCACGAGCUUCCUCUCUGUUCCCAAACGUUCGUUCGAGAUGUCUGCAGAGGCUCUCGCUGCUUUUGACAAGGUGAAGGCUGCCCUGACCAAUGCUACCCCCCUGAUGCAUGUUUCUGCCGAUGCUCCCAUCUCUCUCAUGGUUGACGCCUCCAAUAUUGAAGUAGGCGCGGUUCUCCAACAGCACCUUGCAGGCCACGCUCAACCCAUAGCUUCCUUCUCCAGGAAGUUAGCACCUGCCGAGACGCGCUAG